AUGUCUGCCACUUUUGACCGAACCUGGAUAUGGCAUCCAGCUUUCCCUGAAAACCAACCGGACACGGCAGGCUUGUUGGUACAUUUCCGGAGACAGUUCACACUCGGCAUCGAGUCGCCCAAGUCGUUGAAGAUUCACAUCUCGGCUGAUACGCGGUAUAAGCUCUAUGUCAACCAACAGCUAGUAUCCUUUGGCCCCGUCAAGGGGGAUCAGAGCAUGUGGUUUUAUGAUGAGGUGGAUAUCGGUCCGUUCUUGCGGACUGGGGAGAAUCACGUCGCAGUUCACGUCCUCCGGAUCUUCUACGCGACCCAGUUUGCGCCUUCCUUCCCCCGUUUGCCUUCUGGUGGCCUGCGCGUCCUCGUGCCCGUCGACGAGGGCGAGUAUUCCGAGCUCCUCCGCACGAGCGAGCAAUGGGAGUCGGCUAUCGAUCCCUUCGCCAGCCUGCGCGUCGAUGAGCCCGAGGACGUCUUCCUCCACACCUACGAGUCUCACCAGCGGCAACACGCCGAGAGCCCGCUCGACUGGAAACCCGCCAAACGAUGUGCCGCUCGAGACGUGGCGCGCUGUGCUCCUGGCCGGACCCCCGAGCAGGGUCGUGGCGCGGACGUGUGUCUGGCGCCAGGCUCCUGUCAUCAGUUUGAGCUUGAGGUCGCCGCGCACACAACGGCGUUCCUGCGCGUCCGGUUCCUACGCCCUACCAGCGGCGGCAGCUCCAUCCGGCUCACCUACGCUGAGAGUUACGAGGAUGAGCCGGACCUCUACGUCGGAGUGCGGCGCAAGGCACACCGCCGCGACAUGACAAAGCAGUUGAUCGGCCCGCAUGAUAGUUACCAGCUCCAGGGGCCGACUAAAGGCAUCGGCCCCGGUUACUUUGCGGAUGAGGAAGUGACGGAGGUGUUCGCUCCGUUCCAUUAUCGCACCUUUCGGUUCAUCAAGAUCGACAUCGCCGUUGAGGGUGCGGAGCUAGUCUUCCAGGGGAUCGACGUCGACUCCUGCCACUAUCCGCUGGAUGUGCAGGCGCAGAUCACGGCGGGCCCUGGGAACGCCACGGUCGACUCUCUGUGGACGACCAGCCUCCGGACGCUGGUGAACUGCAUGCACGACUGCUACGAGGACUGCCCGUUCUACGAGCAGCUGCAGUACGCCAUGGAUACUCGUAGCUCGGCUCUGUUCACCUACUGUGUGUCAGGCGAUGACCGACUGGCGCGCCAGGCGAUCAUCCAACUGUACAACUCCUUCCAGCCCCGGCUCGGCCUAACAGCAAGCCGGGCUCCCUCGCACCGGCAACAAUUUAUCCCGCACUUCUCCUUGUACUGGAUCCGCUUGCUUAGCGAUCACCUGGAGUAUUUUGACGACCAUGUCUUUCUUUCCCGCUUCCUGGCCGUGGUCGACGCCAUCCUGACGUCCUUUGCUGCGCGCAUCGAUCCACACCUCGGGCUAGUGAAAUGGGACAUUCGACCGGGCAUCUGGAACUAUGUCGACUGGACAACCCAAUGGAAGCCGUAUGGCUGCCCGCCAGUCUGCGAGCGUACGGGUUUCUCCACCUUCACCAACGAGAUCUACGCCUACGCCUUGAGUGCUGCUGCUACCCUCGCCGGUGCGCUCCAGCGGCCCGCGGUGGCCGACGAAUACCGCGAAAGGGCCCGACAUAUUGCGGUGGCCGUGCGGAAGCAUUGCUUUGAUGGCGAAUUCUUCACCGAUAGCCUGGUCUCGGCCCAGGCCGACGACAUGUUGACACCGCGCAGCCAGCACAGCCAGGUCUGGGCCGUGCUCGGCGGCGUGGUCCGCGGCGCGGAGGCACAGGAGCUGCUGCGCAAGAGCAUUCGCCAGACUAAAGCGGGGAGUUUCGUGCAAGAAUCGGUCGCUAUGUCCUUCUAUACGCUGCGAGCAUUGAGCCUGGCCGGGGGCAGCCUGUACGAUGACCACUUUCACGCGUUUUGGGAGCCGUGGCGCAGCCAGCUCGCUAUGGGUGUCACGACAUGGGUCGAAGAUGGGGACGCUCAGCGCUCAGACUGCCACGCCUGGGGCAGCGCGCCGCUGUACGAGUUCACGGCCGAGGUCGCCGGGGUGCGGCCAGCGGCGGCUGGGUGGAAAGCCAUCCAGGUACGGCCGCGGAUUAAUCUUUACACGGAACUGGACGCACGCCUGCCGCUUCGCAUGGUGGAUGGGAAGAUAAGUGGCAUGGUCUACGUCUCGUGGGCGCGCGGAGCCACUACGACGGAUGUACGGGUCCGUAUUAAGGUUGAGAUGAGGAACGCUGCUCGGCCGGUGCCCGUGCAUAUCUACCUUCCUGGCCAGGAAAUUGUUUUGGAAGUGGAAGGAUCGGAGGUUUGUUUCUCUACUAAUUUAUAG